ACUAGUAGAAUAAUGGAGGAACAUGGUGUAGUAAUUCGAGUUAUUGGUCCAUAUUCCCAUUGUGGUACAGCAAUUGUGGAGAGAUUUAAUAAAACUCUAGCUAAAAUGCUAUAUAAGAUUCAAUAUAGCAUUGAAAGUAUAUCCUCGGAUCCUAAAUUAAUAAGAGCAUGGGUUAAACAUUUAUCUAAA